AUGAACUCCUUCCGCUUUGCCCGCGCAGCUCUCAGGGCUCGCCCUGCUGCCCUCCGAGUCCCCGUCCAAAGGAGGACUUAUGCCGAGGCUGUCUCCGACAAGGCAAGAAUCCCCUCGAAACCGGGACCCCUGAUCAAGCUCAGCCUUUCGCUCCCUCACCAGUCCCUCUACAACUCCCAGGAGGUUGUCCAGGUCAACAUUCCCGCGGAAUCUGGUGAUAUGGGUAUCCUCGCGAGCCACGUUCCCGUCAUCGAGCAGCUCAAGGCCGGCCUUGUUGAGAUUUUCGAGGAGGGUGGCAGCAGCAAGCAGUUCUUCCUUUCCGGUGGAUUUGCCGUCGUUCAGCCCAACUCCGUUCUCAGCAUCAACGCCGUUGAGGCCCACCCCAUCGAGGACUUCAGCGCGGAGGCCGUUCGUGCCCAGAUUUCCGAGACCCAGAAGAUUGCCAACGGCAGCGGAAGCGCACAGGAGAUUGCCGAGGCUAAGAUUGAGCUCGAGGUCCUCGAGGGUAUUCAGGCUGCCCUGAAAUAG